AUGGGGUAUAUCAUACCACAAGGAACUCAAGUGUUCGUAAACGUUUGGGGACUCGGAAGAGACCCAGCUUCCUGGGAUGCACCAUUGGCGUUCAAACCAGAACGGUUCUUAGAUUCCACCGUUGAUUACCGUGGGCAAAAUUUCGAGUUCUUACCAUUUGGAGCUGGCCGACGUAUUUGUCCCGGGCUUCCUCUGGGUAACCAAAUGCUUCACCUUGUCCUAGGAUCAUUGAUCCAAUCUUUUGAAUGGUCCCUAGAGGAUGGUGUUACUCCUGAAACCUUGGACAAGAGUGAUAAAAUGGGUAUGUCACUGAGGAAGGCAUUCUUGUUGAAGGCAGUACCUAAACCUGUAUGUCUUUAA